GGUGACGUAGACACGUUUAUCCCGGAAGUGUCCGCUCCUCUGGUCUCUGGUCAUGUUUCUGUUAAGAAAUUUCAGUCACAAAGUCUGACCGUAACGCGUGACUUUUAAAGGUAUGGAGGUUACUGACAGCAGUCCAUCUCCUUCAUCACUGGCCCCUGCAGACAGUGGAAUGCCACAACCCUCUGGUCCCUCUGGUCCUGUGUUGGACUUGGACCGGUGCCCAGUGCUCAGAGAUGGCGUGGCCCGGUCUCCAAGGCGACGUCGCGAGGGGAAGAGGCCGCAGCGACAGGGGGGCGGUCACCAGCAGCUGCUCCGGGAGGGCCGCAGGUUACCAGGACAACACGAGCACUUGAAGGCCUGCGGAUCUGGGAGCGACGCAGCGGAAAGUUCUCCUAAGAGGAGAGCACACUUCCUUCAUGGACCAUACCCAGCCACUCACUUCGGACCUAAAGCGUGUAUACUUCCCAACCCAACUUCAAUCAUGCACAUCCAGGACCCAGCCAGUCAGAGGCUUACAUGGAACAAGCCUCCGGUGAACGUCCUGGUGAUCCGAAAAAUUAGAGAUGAAAGCCUUGUCGAUCCGUUCAAGGAGCUUUGCAGGUUUCUCGUGGAGGAGAAGCAGAUGAUGGUGUACGUGGAGCGCAGAGUGGCGGACGAUGCUACACUCGCAAAUGAUGAGACCUUUGGGUCAAUACGAAAUCAGCUGUGCACUUUCAGAGAGGGUUAUGAUGACAUCUCCGACUGCAUUGAUUUGAUCAUUUGUCUGGGAGGAGAUGGGACACUGCUCUAUGCCUCCUCCCUCUUUCAGGGCAGUGUUCCUCCUGUUAUGGCGUUCCAUCUGGGGUCUUUGGGCUUCCUCACCCCUUUCAAGUUUGACUCCUACAAAACAGAAGUUGCCAAAGUCUUUGAAGGAAAUGCUGCCAUCACACUGCGCAGUCGUUUGAAGGUGAAAGUGGUGAAGGACUUGCUGCAGAGGACAGGACGAGACCAGUCCUCACAGUCUCACAAUGGGCUCCUGUCCCAAAGACACACCAGCUCUGAGGCAGGAAAAGUGUCUCUACAGUUACAGGUGCUGAAUGAGGUAGUAGUGGACCGGGGCCCCUCCUCGUACCUCUCCAAUGUGGACCUGUACUUAGACGGACGCCUCAUCACCUCAGUGCAGGGAGAUGGCCUGAUCGUAUCCACGCCCACAGGAAGCACAGCGUACGCUGCAGCAGCCGGCGCCUCCAUGAUUCACCCAAACGUCCCGGCCAUCAUGGUUACGCCCAUCUGCCCACAUUCCCUCUCAUUCAGGCCCAUCGUGGUACCUGCCGGGGUCGAACUCAUGAUCACCUUGUCUCCUGAUGCCAGAAACACGGCGUGGGUUUCUUUUGAUGGACGGAAGAGGCAAGAGAUCCAACAUGGAGACUGUAUAAAGAUCACAACCUCCUGCUACCCGGUGCCCUCUAUCUGCUGCUAUGACCUGGUGUACGACUGGUUUGAGAGUCUGGCUCAGUGUCUGCAUUGGAAUGUGAGGAAGCGACAAGCACGACUUACUGACAUCUCAGACUCCUCCGACACUGAAAACUGAAGAAGUCCACACAUUUUUAAACACAUGGGAUAGUCAUCUGGUAAUUCUACAUUAAAGAUACAUUUAAAUGGCUUCAGUAAUACACGUUCACUCAACUGGCUUAUGGACGUUACCACAAUGUCCCUAAAAGCAUGUUGCACCUUAAAUUUCUCCAACACUGAACAUUGAAGAAGUCAUAUUUAAACAUAUGGGACAGAAAAAUGAUAAUGGUAAAGAUAAAUAAAAUGGCUUCAACAAUAGUAUAUUAAAGCGGCACUAUGUAACUUUUCCGGUGAAGGGUAUGCUUCCUGCCUAUCUCCAUGGAUAUGUUAUGGCUUUACCUGGAACUGGUAGUAGUAGCAGUAAAACACGUGUAAUUGAUUAUAUCUAGUUAACAUCUCCAUGGAGACAAGCACGUAGCCGACCCCCACCGGAAAAGCUACAGAUUAUACCUUUUAAAUCCAUUGGCAUAUGGAAGGUACCAUAGCGUUCCUAAAAGCAUACUGCACCUUUAAAUUUCAAACUUCUUCAGUUAUGAGAACUAUAAAGUUUAGAUAUGAUUUCAGAUGUCCUUCCUCAGCAAUAAUAGCUAAUCCGUUUAAAGAUUAAAAGUAACUUUGUGCAGCCGGUGGUGUCGGAAGUCCAAGUUUAACAUCUGAUUUGGUUUUAUUGGGUUUGUUUAUAUUUUAUUGGUUUUAUUUCUCUAUGUCUGCACUUUAAAGCACUAAAGAAGAUUACUAGUGCAACAUUAACAUACAGUAAAUAAAAUCUGAAAAUUCGAACAUUUCACUUUUUCAUUUGGAACUUGCCGCAACUUUGUACAUCUACUCUUCAAAUGUGUUAAGAUAGUAAAUGAGUAGAUGUUUUUCUGAGCCUAAAAUGUGACUAUGUACAUGAGCCUGCUAUGGCUACUGUCUGUUAUUAUAUUUAUUUAUGUAUUUUCAGAUAAUGUAACUGAUUUAUCUGCCUUGACCAAAUACGGUCUUUUUAGUUUGUUGUGAAACUUGGUCAUCAACAAUUUCAGUAAAACUUGAAAUUGUAAUUUUUUUUUUCUUUCUUUUUUAAUAAGAUCUUGUCCAGUGGUUCUUAAACUGUUGUGAAGGUGGUGCUCGUUGAAUUCAAUAGACUAUAAAUAAUUAUAAAUAAAUAACUAAAAAAUAAGUUUAUGGUUGACCAUUUUACAUCCCCACAUGGUUUAGUUUUUUGUUUUGGUCAAGUUCUAAAUCUGUUCUAUAGUGUUAUCAAAUAUUAAAUAAUUCCUUUAUCAGAUCCAUGCAACUCCACUGACAUUAGCCAGACAGUAAAGUAACUGACUUUUGGAAACUUGUUUCUAGAAAGCUGUUUUUUUUUUUUUCUAUCAAAUUCUGUUCACUUGUAAAGCCAAAUAUUAGUUAAUAAAUAAUAUUAAUAUCAGCAGUCCAACCUUUAACAGUUUAGGAACCACAAAUCUGCAUUUCAAUUACUAGACUCCAUUUCAUUCAAUAAAGACCAUUUUCCAAAGACAACACC